GACUCGACUCGACUCUCGAGUUUAGUCAGUUCAGUACUAAGUUCACUGUUCAGUCAGUCCAGGUUGCUCAAAUCAGAUCAGUAAACCCAGCUUCAACCUUCAGUGAAACUGAUCAGAGUAGUAUCUCAAUAUUUUUUGAAUGAUUUGAAAAAGCUGAUUUUUGAGGACUGAAAUAGACCGAAGUUCAGUGAAAUAUCCUAAUUUAUAUAUAAUAUUACGCAGGUUUUUUCACCAUUCUUUAAAAAUGAUAUCACCCUGAUCUGGACCUAGAAACCUGUUCUACUUGGCGUUUGUUUCCUUAGUUUUCAAGAUAAAGAUACACAGACUAUGGUUGACACGGACACCUUGAUACAUCUAGUAGCAGGAGGAGUUGGUGGUACUACAGGAGCUAUUCUAACAUGCCCGCUGGAAGUAGUGAAAACUCGUCUUCAAUCCUCCAACUCUGGGUUUGAAACUAGAAUUCCUAAUAAUGGUACGGGUAGUGCCAAAACAUCAUCCGGGAAAUCUUUGAUUAACAAGUACUGGUCCAGGAUUGAUAAAGUGACCUGCAGGCCAAUAUUUGGCUCUCAUUACAGAAUUCACCUUUUAAGUGGAGGCAGUGGACACUUUGGAUCCUCUUCUCCUCUUCUUUUCUCAACUCAAUACCAUCCUUAUCAACCGGAGAAACCUAAGCUGAACGUUUUCUCCGGCCGAACUACUCAGCUAACACUCCCUUCAAGCAUGAAUGUACACACUGUGCCUAGUCCGAGUAAACCUAAUAACACUCUAGGUGUCUGGGAUUGCUUGAAGCACAUUUGGCUUAAUGAGGGUCCACGAGGCCUUUUCCGUGGAUUGGGACCAAACCUGGUGGGCGUAGCCCCUUCUCGGGCCAUCUACUUUUGGAGUUACUCAACCACCAAGCAGGCUGUGAACUCACGGUUACCUAAACCUAACCGGGAUACUCCGUUUGUUCAUGUUAUUUCUGCUGCAUCGGCAGGAUUUGUGUCUUCCUGUGCUACGAACCCCAUCUGGUUGGUAAAGACUAGACUGCAGCUGGACCGGUCAGAGGGUGGAUUCUUCUCUGUGAUUAAAAAUAUUCAUGCUGAACAGGGUAUUGCUGGUUUCUGGAAAGGAGUAACUGCGUCGUGGUGGGGAAUAAGUGAAACGAUGAUUCAUUUCGUCAUCUACGAGUUUCUCAAGAAAACCCUGGACGAGCAAAGAAGGAGGAGAAAAGAUCAAGAAAAAACUAUGGAGGAUUUCGUCGGAUUUAUGUUAUGUGGAGCAACAUCUAAAACCUGUGCAACAUGUGUUGCAUAUCCACAUGAAGUUGCCAGAACUCGCAUGCGUGAGUCAGGAAAGAAGUACAGAUCUUUUUGGCAGACUCUGGUUUUAGUGAACAGGGAAGAGGGCCGGCAAGGGUUGUAUAGAGGUCUUGGUACUCAGCUUUUAAGACAGAUACCCAACACAGCCAUUAUGAUGGCAACAUAUGAGCUCACGGUCAUUGUUCUCACCAACUAUGUGCGGGAAAGACGUUCUAAAGAGAUGAAUCUACAGCAGAUCUCCAGCAAUAAUCGCCAAUAAUUUAAACUUGUGCACAUUCACAUAUACAUACACAACUUGGCCAAAAAUUUUCAUAUGGAUAGAUUUGCUGCAAUUGGCUGGGAAUUGUAAUUUGUAAAAUGAAAAUUCAUUCGUGGUAAUUCAUCUUAUUACAGAAGAAUUCACAUUUAUUUGAAAUUAAAAAUUCAUCAGAAUUCUAUUUAGUUUUUUUAAGUAGAAGCAAAAGUGUGUAUUUGUGAACCAUUGUUUGUGAUAAAUGAUAUUAAAAAUAGCUGUUGAUAUAUUCUUAUAUUUUAUAGUGAUUGAAACAUAGGAGUUGUAAUGUUUCUUAAGUAAAGCUUUCAUUUUUCUAUCGUACCAUUCUAAGAUGCAUUGUUAAUGUUUUACUGAAACAGUAAUAUAAAGUUUUAAGUUUCUUCUUUAUAUUUAUGUAGGUAGGUUAGCUACAGUUAAAAUUCGACUGCUUCUAGGUGGUCCUAGUAUUGGAUGUUAUUGCAAUUACUAGAGAUGUUCUUCCUCUGUGCGACGCGAUGAGUCCGAAUUUUAUAAAUACUGUCUGAUUUGAAAAGUUAUUUAAUAUAAACAUUACGGUUAUUCAGGUUGAGCUCCGAUUAAUUUGUCGAUAAUGUUUUUAUUUGUAUUUGCAUGAUAAUAAAUUUGAUGCUUU